CAGGUCCGGCGUGCCCACACACUCUCUCUGCCACCCCAAGAUUUCCCGACAUGCCACAGUGGGGGCCCAAACCCCUGGGCGGAUUCGACUGGGGUCCUGUCACAUGCCCGCCCGCGCUCCAAAAGCCGCCCAGCGCCCACCCACCACCAUCUCGUCUUGUCGCACAACCACAACGGCGGCUCCUCCCGUUUCAUUCGUCGUCGAUUGCGCCCGGCGCCGAAGUCUACAAUAGUGCUAUUCGGGGGAAGCGCCUCCUCCUCCUUCAUCAGCGCCACUCAUUGUGUGAACCCAGCAAGGGGAGUGAGUACUCCGGCCAGGAAACAAUUACUCUCAGACUAGGCCGACGCUGCCGGGGCAUGCACUGGACCACGGCUCCUUCAUAUCCGCAUCUCACUCUUCUUCGCUACACCGAGCACGCCUGCCUGGAUAGAGGUCAUCGGCCAUAUAUAGCGCCCGCCAAUAUGCAACACGGCCGGACAAGUACCAUCAGGAGGAUAUUAUAGAAUCACACCAUCUCAAGACAGCUUUCAGAAAACUUGUUAUACACAUUGCGCCUGGAUACUAGAGCGGGAGAGAGAGAGAGAGAGGCAACAUGGCCGAAGCAGCAGGCUCCAGCUCUCCCCAGAACGGCACCGACUCGGCUGCUGCGGACGACAAGC